AUGUCUGGCCACUGUCACGAUGAACAUGAUCAUUCGGGUCAUUCCCACUCUCACGGUGAUGGCCAUGACCACUCCGACGAUAUAACUCCGGCCUUGCAGUAUUCUCUAUAUCAACAUAUCAACUUCGACGACAUAACCACACUGAAUGAGUCUGAGACAGACUCAGGCAAAGCGAUUGUCAAGAAAACAUGGGCAGACCGUUUAGAAGAGCAACCGGAGCUUGAGAGCGACGUUGAUGAGCAAUUGCUGAUACGAAUUCCCUUCACAGGCCAAGUUAAGCUUCACUCGAUAUUGAUACGAACCUCGAAUUCGUCUUCGGCCCCGCAAACACUCAAGGUCUUCAUCAAUCGCAACGAUAUCGACUUCUCUGUAGCGAGCGACCUUGCGCCGACGCAAGAAUUCCAACUAUCCCAGACCUCGGAGGUCCAGGACAUACCGGUCAAGAGGGCCCUGUUUGGGAAGGUUCAGAACCUCACGCUCUUUGUGGAAGAUAAUUACGGGGAUGACGUGACAAGGAUCAGCUACCUGGGAUUCAAGGGAGACUGGAUGCAGCUUGGUAGAGCGCCCACAAAUAUAUUAUACGAGGCAGCGGCAAACCCGAACGAUCAUGCUCUUAAGGGAACUGCGGUAAAUCAGAUGGGGAGUCAUCUUGGUAGUGGACAUUGA